GCUGGUUUUACCCUGUAAUGUGGUUGAGAUUUCUAUGAAAAUUAGGAAAUUUUGAGAGUUUUUGGUGAUUUUGAAGAUGACAGUUGGGGAUAUAACACCAAAUAAAGAGAAGGGUUCAGGGAGAAGCAAACAUGUUGCUGAUGAGAAAGCUCCCUUGCUACCUAAACAACAAGAUGAAGAUGCUGUUCAUGAUGAAUUUAAUGGAGCCUCUUUUAUUGGGGCAGUGUUUAACUUGUCAACAACAAUUGUUGGUGCAGGGAUCAUGGCCUUGCCCGCUACAAUGAAAGUCCUGGGACUGAUUCUUGGUGUUGCUCUUAUCAUCUUUAUGGCCUUCUUAACUGAUGCCUCUAUUGAGUUCUUGAUAAGGUUUAGUAAGGCUGGAAAAAUAACUUCUUAUGGAGGUCUUAUGGGGGAUGCAUUUGGAAAGUAUGGAAAAAUCAUGUUGCAAAUCUGUGUUUUAGUCAACAACAUUGGAGUUCUCAUUGUGUAUAUGAUUAUUAUUGGUGAUGUGCUUUCUGGAACAUCAUCAAGUGGAGUUCACCAUGCUGGUGUCCUUGAAGGUUGGUUCGGGCAACAUUGGUGGAACGGGCGUACCUUUGUUCUUCUCAUCUCAACAAUCGGCAUCUUCUCUCCUUUGGCAUGUUUUAAACGCAUUGACUCCUUAAGAUUUUCGUCAGCAUUAUCAGUUGCUCUUGCUGUUGCGUUUCUUGUCAUUAUUCUGGCCAUAGCAAUUUUCAAGUUGAUUAGCGGAACUGUAGUGAUGCCGAGAUUGCUACCGGAUGUCACUGAUUUGACCUCAUUCUGGAAACUCUUCACUGUAUUCCCUGUUCUAGUCACCGCAUUUAUCUGCCACUACAAUGUUCACAAUAUAGCCAAUGAACUCAAAAACACAACCCAGAUAGGAGCAGUUGUUCGAACUUCUCUCGCUUCAUGCUCAAUUGUUUACAUAAUGACAAGUGUCUGCGGAUUCCUUCUAUUCGGUGAUGCAACAUUGGCUGAUGUGCUUGCCAACUUCGAUACUGACCUUGGCAUUCCCUAUAGCUACCUACUUAAUGAUGCUGUCCGUGUGAGCUAUGCUGCUCACCUCAUGCUUGUAUUUCCCAUCGUCUUUUAUCCGCUUAGAAUCAACAUAGAUGGCCUCUUCUUCCCUUCCGCCAGCCCUUUACCCCAGUCUACCACGAGGUUUGCUUUUAUUACUUCCGGACUCUUGAUACUUAUCUUCUUGGGUGCAAAUUUCAUACCCAGCAUCUGGGUUGCUUUCCAAUUCACUGGAGCAACCGCUGCAGUUUGCCUUGGAUUCAUUUUUCCCGCCGCUGUAACGCUUAGGGAUCGCCAUGUUAUAUCGAGAAAGGAGGACAGGAUGUUAGCUAUUGUCAUGAUUGUCCUUUCUGUGUUUUCAAAUAUGGUGCUCGUAUAUGGCAAUGCCAUAUCUUUGUUGAAGAAGAAUCAAUGAGCAUGAGCCCCUAAAGAGAACCCGGGUUAUA